UUGUUUAUAUUCCAAACUGAACGUUUCAAAAAUACAUAUUUCCGCAAAAGUUUAAUAAACAAAAUAAAACAAUAUGCCGAAAGUUCGAAGUGCAACUGGGCCGCCGCGAAAGCAAGGCUUUAACCACUCCAAUCACUCCAUGAAUCCAGAGCGGCCCAAAUCUGGCCUGAAAGGAGUAGCCAAUCCUCGAACACAGGCAACAAUUAAACGACUGCAAAUGUAUCGCAAUUUCAAGGCAAAGCGUGAUCGCAGAGGAAAAAUUAUAACGCCAGCACCAUUCCAGGGACGUUUGCCAUCUGGCACCAUGGCGCGAGUGGAACCCUCACCAAAAUGGUUUAGUAACUCCAGAGUUAUAUCACAAAAUGCGCUGCAAAAGUUUCAAGAUGAGAUUGGCAAAGCAGUUAAAGAUCCAUAUCAAGUGAUAAUGAAGCCGUCGCAGUUGCCUAUAACACUGCUUAAUGAGACAAGCAAGUAUAAACGCGUUCAUUUAUUGGAUACGGAAAGUUUCGAUACCACUUUUGGCCCUAAAAAACAACGAAAGCGUGUAAAUUUAAAAGUUCGCGAUUUGGAAGACUUGAGUCGUAGCGCAGAACUACAGGCGGAGAAUUAUGAUGAAACCAAAGAUGUUGAUUUGGUUCGUGAAGAGACCGGCGAAAAAGCUGCACAACGUGAUUGGAUAUUUGCUGCGGGCCAGAGUCGUCGUAUAUGGAAUGAAUUGCACAAAGUAGUUGAUGCUUCUGACGUUUUACUUCAGGUGCUUGACGCUCGCGAUCCCAUGGGCACACGUUCAAAAUAUAUUGAACAAUUUCUACGCAAAGAGAAACCGCAUAAACACUUGUUCUUCAUUUUGAACAAAGUCGACUUGGUGCCUGUGUGGGUCACCCAGCGUUGGGUGGCUUUACUGAGUGCGGAAUAUCCUACGAUUGCUUUCCACGCGUCAAUGCAGCAUCCUUUUGGCAAGGGUGCACUUAUAAAUCUUUUCCGCCAGCUAGGCAAACUGCAUAUGGACAAAAAGCAGAUCAGUGUUGGUUUCAUUGGUUAUCCGAAUGUAGGCAAAUCUUCCGUUAUUAAUGCAUUGCGUUCCAAAAAAGUGUGCAAUGUAGCGCCCAUCGCAGGAGAAACAAAAGUAUGGCAGUAUAUUACUUUGAUGAAACGUAUUUUCCUCAUCGAUUGCCCUGGUGUGGUUUAUCCCUCGGCAGAAACCGACACCGAAAAGGUUUUGAAAGGUGUUGUACGUGUUGAAUUGGUCACAAAUCCUGAAGACUAUGUUGAUACAGUUUUACAACGUGUGCGUAGGGAAUAUAUACAGAAAACAUAUAAAGUUGAGAGCUGGACUUCGUCAAUGGACUUUUUGGAGCAAUUAGCUAAAAAAUCUGGAAAAUUAUUGAAAGGCGGGGAACCUGAUAUUACGGUGACUUCACGUAUGGUACUGAAUGACUGGCAACGUGGAAAGUUACCAUUUUAUGUAGCACCCGAGGGUUAUGAAACGCCUCAUUCCCAAGUUGAUAAGCCACAAAUCACCAAUGAAACUGAAAACUCUAGACAAGCCGAACAAGACGGUGAUGAUGCCAAAUCUGACGCGCCUACAUUUGUAAGUGAGUCAGUUAAGAAGGCGAGAGAGUUCAAACAGCUGCAAGAUUUCCGCAAAAUUAAAGUUGGUAUUGAAUUUGAAGCUGAUGACGUACGCGAGUUGGACAAAAUUGAUGUAGAAUUACUGGAAAAACAGAAAGCCGAGCGUUUGGAGCGUAAAAAGCAGCGUUUACAAAAUCCUGAAGACGAGGAGGAGUCGAGCGAUGGCGCCAGUGAAUUCUACUCUGAAGACGAAUAUGUUGAAAAUCUGGGACGUGUCGUCCACAAGAAAGCCAACAUUAAGCGUAAGGCAAGUGUGGCGAUAACAGCUUCUGGAAAGUUCAAAGUGGAGCCUGAUGUUGGCGAAGAAAGUGAUAAUGAUGGCAAACAACCUGCAGCUAAAAAACGUUUAACCGCCAAAGAAAAACGUGCUUUAGAGCGAAGUUUGAAACGCAAAAAGAUUGGCACUAAUUUCUACGAAGUAUCCAAUGUGAAAAAUCGGAAUAGAAAUAAGAAACAUGAGCCAUGAUGUAAAUAAAAUGUGAAUGUUACUCCUCCAACAUAUUGUUAAAACCUUCAAAAUCCAAAAUAAAUUUUAUUUCUAUCAUGA